AUGCUGUGACCACCUUCCAUCACCAGAUGAUGCUGCAAGUCUAAGAGAAAACAUGCCUGCAAUGCCAGAGGUCCGCACAUACAUCAACAUGACCAUUCUAAAAGACACAGCCAAACACUUCCCAGUCCUAAUGGAAGACUUGACUCCCACGAACCCCCAACUGUGUCAAACCAUAUGCAGAUGCACAACAUGAUGCAUUACAACACAUUUUUGAGUUUAAGCAUCUGACUGUGGCGAAAGCAAUUCAGUUCUCUGAAAAGAUAGAAAAGGCUGCUGAGAUGAAGUUAAUUCUUUUUUUUCUAAAAUGAAUUCUCAGUUUUGCAUUGUUGCAAAGCAGCUAUACAGAAUAAAAAAACGACAACUAACCAGAUUAACUCCACUGCUCAUAUUUAGUUUCAGGCCUCCCACUUAUCUAACUUACCGAUCUAUGGCUUCUCUGUCUUUUGGCACAAAAGUACUUUUGGGAUAUUGCUGAACUGUCCAAGUAAGCAUUGUUGUGCUUCCACAGGGAAACAGAGCUCUCAUUGGGCUGAACGUUGCUGUAUGACUGUGGUUUCAGCUGUAUUUUCCCUCAGCAGGCCUCAGUUAACCUCUGUCGACUUGGCUCAGGAAUUUCUGCUUCACUGGAGGCCAAUUUGGCGAACAGGAAGUAAAGGGCCUGGCAGGAAAGAUGCUGAUGUGGCGGGAACGUCUUGUGCGCGUGCACGUUGAGUGUGACAAGGGUGAUCGUGGAGAAAGGGGAACUCAUGGAAAACCUGGGACGGUGGGUUCCCCAGGACCACAGGGGGCUGAAGGUACCAGAGGAGCCAAAGGACAAGCCGGAGCUCCGGGUGACGCUUGCAAAACCCAGCAUUCUGCUUUCUCCGUUGGUCGACGGAAGUCCCUUCACAGCGUAGACAACUACCAGGCUCUUAUUUUCGACACCAUCUUUGUAAACAGCCCCGAACACUUCGACAUGUUCACCGGGAAGUACCAUUGCCACACACCGGGUAUCUACUUUUUCAAUGUGAACAUCCACACGUGGAACUUUAAGGAGACGUACUUGCACAUCAUGCAGAACGAGAGCGAGAAGGCCAUCGUUUACGCACAGCCGAGCGACCGUUCUAUCAUGCAGAGUCAGAGCGUGAUGCUGUCUCUACAGGAAGGCGACGAGGUCUGGAUACGCCUUUACAAACGUGAACGUGAGAAUGCGAUAUAUAGCGACGAUGUAGACAUUUACAUCACCUUUAAUGGAUACCUCAUCAAGCCUGAGAUGAAGUGAGACGAUGAAUCUUUGCAAAGAAAAAAAAAUGAUAUGGACAUGUUUGAAAAUGUGUCAAAGUGCUUUAGCCAUGAUGGAGCAAUUCGAAACAAAUUACCGUGAAAAGAGCUUAUCAUCACAAUAUUUUGUAUUAGAUUUCUCUAGGUUCAACAUCAAAAAAAAUCUUGCACAAUGCAUGGAAAUGAUUCCUCCAAAUAAAGCGUGAAGUCUGCCAUAAGGAUUCCACAAAUAGACUGGAAAAUAUAACCCUGUAGCCACAGGCUUGUGUGUUUAGACUUAACUUUUUCAGCUCUGCACCUCAAGGUCUGUAUGGAGAAGAGCUUUGCUGGUUUAUGUUAGCCUUUAUAGAAUGUUAACAUGGUGUCACAGACUAUUUAGACAGCACUUUUACUGGCCCCUUUGACCUUAGGCAGACAUUAACAGACCACUUAAGGAACAAACACACAACAUCACUGUAAAGUGUGUAAGAAUGUUCACUUAUUGUGCUUUUUGAGCUGCAAGAACUGCAGCGGCAGUCCCUGAAUUUUGUUUCAUUUUUCUGUAGAAUUUAUAGUGCUUCCAGGGUUGGUUUCCAGGGCAUUGCUAAAUGGCUACAUGAAAGUGCAUUAGAAAGUGGUUGCUAGGGUGUUCUGAGUGGUUGCUAGGUCAGCUGGAAAGUCAAAAAGCCAAAACUGUAAAAAUCUAUUUGUUGUUUCAACUGAAACAAUUUGAAUUCAAAUGUUUAGUUAAUUCAUCGUAAAAUAUAAGUUAUUACGUGAAUUUUAUGCUUUAUUUUAUGUUAACUAAUAUUUUUAAGUUUAAUUAACAAAAAAUGUUAAGGAAGGGAGUAACAACAAAUCAUUUUUGCAGCAUAUGAUAUUCUGCUUUAGAUAUGAUGUGAACCUGUAGUCUGUACUUUUCCCCUUUAAAUAAUUUACUAUGUAAAGAUUAUGCGUCCAAACACUUAAAAAAGUAAAAGCGUGCUUUUUGUCUCCUUCAAGAUUAAAGCAUCACUAAAGAACACAGCACAAAGAUACAGUGCACAUUACACAUCAAAGUUUAAUACGUUUUUAUUUUUAUAUGAAGUUUAAGCAGUAGGUAUAGUGAUGCUUGCCUUUGACAAAAUACCGUGAGAUGGUCUGCACUCAGUGUGUGUGAUGUGUGUUUAUUGUAUGGAGGAGGACAUUUUUGUUGAUGUUAAACAGGAUGUAUGUGGCUUUCCUAUUUUAGCAGCACAAACCCACUUGAGAGUGACUUAGAUGAUAUAAAGAGAAGGAAGGUCAUGUUUUGAAACCACAACAGAUCAACGGUAGUCCUGGUAGUUUAGUCUCCGCCUAAUUUUGGCCUAAAGUUCUGCUGUCAGGAAUUUAACGAAUCUUAGACGAUAACAAGGUGCUAAAUAAAAUGUAACAUCAGGUGCUAAACGUUCUUUUAACACAUCAGGUGCUAAAAGUUAGAUACUUGACUGCAUGGAUGAACUUGUCUUUGGUUUUGUAGAUAAGCAGCUAAAGGAAAUCUGCACAUGGUGCUUUUUGUUAUUGGAUGUCUAUUUUUUAAUGCCACAAUAAAAGUUGAUUUCCUCUGA